AUGUAACAUUAGUUAUUUCUUCACGCGAACACAGGAUGGCAUCCCUUCCCCUGGAGCUACGACCCCCAUUAAUUAUUGCUCUUGCUGGCCUUGAACGUGAUGACACCAAAAAACUAUUUACUGCUGUUGUAGGUGAAACAGGGGAAGAAUCCUGGAAUAAGAUGACGUUUCAGUCACCUGCACUCGUGCCAUUGUCUUCUGUCCCUUUAUUCUUGAUUUUCAAUGCAAUCGUUCAUAAAUCCAACCCAGAGAAUCUGCCUAAUACAAUGACUGAUGUAAUGACAAAAGUACUUCAUAUUUUCAUGCGUUCCUCACACACUCAGGAGAAAAAAUCGAUUGAAAUAAUUCUUCACAAUUUGAUGAAAAUGUCAUUUGAAGCCACUCGAGAAAAGCGAGUUAUUUUCAACAAUACCGAUCUAAAAAACGCAGGACUUACAAAAGAAAUGGUACGUGAUCUCAUCAUAGAAGUACCUGGAGGCAGCUCACUACUUAAUCAACAUCUUUUGGAAGGUGACACUCUGAUGUUCUUUAGUCAUCAAAUCCUUCAAGAAAUGUUAGCUGCUCUGUACAUCGCCAACAUGGAUCUCGCAACUUUCCAAGCAUUCGUCACUAACGAGAUUCACAAAGAUCACUGGUCCGUUGUUCUACGGCUCCUGUGUGGAACUGUUUUCGAUCAAAAAAUUAAAGCUCAAUUCAUCAAAGAUCUUACAACUGAGACUGGACUAGAAAAGCAAAAUUGUCUUAAACAUGCACUCACAACUAAGAUAAAUCAAUGUACGAAAUCCUAUCAGAAGUUGGAGUUGUUUGGUGCGUUAUAUGAAGCCAAUGAUGCCGAGCUCAUUAGAUCCCAUGUUCAAGAAAUCAACUUCGAAAACGAGUCUUUCACUGCAGCAGGAAUGUGUGCAAUGUCAUGUGUCAUGCGACGAUGUGGCCAUCUUGAACAAGUUCGCCUCGUCAAAUGUGAGCUCAAUGCAGAAUUAUUGAAAAACUUCGAGUUCAACUUGAAAGGCUCUAUAGUGAAGGUGUCAGAAUUUGAUAUCAGCUUAAAUCCGAUGUCCGUUGAAGCUUUUGAUAUCUUUGGUUCAGUUUUAACAAACAUUGAAGUGGAAAAACUCGUUAUGCGUGGCUGCUCACUUACAGAAGAAAAGUUUCGUGUGCUUGGAAGACAUUCCCAUUUACAGAUCCACAUUCUGGAUGUUCGAAAUAUCACCAACAUGACGUUUGACUUGUAUCUUGCGAUUGUCAAGUUUGCAUCUGAACAUGAUGUCAAAGAACUUUUGAUGGAUCCGUGGGAUUGCUUCAACGCAAGCAACAAGCAGCUGUUGGAACUGAGUAAAUGGGAAGUUUGUGGAAAGAUCCAAGUUCUGGAUGUUCGAAAUAUCACAAACAUGACGUUUGAUCUGUAUCUUGCAAUUGCCAAGAUUGCAUCUAAACAUGAUGUCAAAGAACUUUUGAUAGAUCCGUGGGAUUACUUCAAGGCAAGCAAAGAGCAACUGUUGGAACUGAGUAAAUGGAAAGUUUGUGGAAAGAUAUCCGUUAUUGAUAUCAGUCAAAAUUCAAUGGACGAAGAAGCUUUUGAUGCUCUUGGUGACCUUUUGUCAAACUAUGAAGUUGACCAACUCAUUGCAAAAAAUUGCCAGCUAACAAAAGCAAAACUUGAUGCUCUUGGAAGUCAUUCUGGAUUAAAACUGUCCAGGAUUAAUAUCAAUGAAAACCCAAUGGAUGAAAAAGGAUUCAAUGCUCUCGGUUCUUUAUUAACAACAAAUAAUAAGGUUCUUCACCUUGUCAUGCAAAAUUGCAAACUCACAAAAGAAAAACUGGAUGCUCUUGGAAGUCACUCAGAAUUAAAGAUUUGCUCUCUGGAUAUUCGAUCCAUUACCGGCAUGACAUUCAAUCUAUUUCUUGCAAUAUCUAAGUUUGCAAGUGAAAAUGAGGUCAAAGAACUUCUGAUGGACCCCUGGAAAGAGUUCAAAGCAACUAAAGAUCAAAUAUUGGAAUUGAGUAAAUGGAAAGUCUGUGGAAAGAUAUCCAUCAUUGAUAUCAGUCAAAAUACAAUGGACGAAAAAGCUUUUGAUACUCUUGGUUACCUUUUAUCAAACUAUGAAGUUGACCAACUCAUUGCAAAAAAUUGCCAGCUAACAAAAGCAAAAGUUGAUGCUCUUGGAAGUCAUUCUGGAUUAAAAUUAUCUAGGUUUGACAUCAGUGAAAAUCCAAUGGAUGAAAAAGGCUUCAAUGCUCUUGGUUUCGCUUUAACAACAAAUAUAAAAGUUCUUGAACUUGUCAUGCAAAAUUGCCGACUGAAUAAAGAAAAACUAGAUGCUCUUGGAAGUCACUCAGGAUUACAGAUUCCAAAGUUGGAUGUCAGUCUAAAUUCAAUGAAUAAAGAAGCUUUUAAUGUGCUUGGUUCACUUUCAAAUAGUGUUGGAGUUGAUGAGCUCAUCAUGCGGAAUUGCCAAUUAACAAAAACCAAACUUGAUGCUUUUGAGAGUCAUUCUGGAUUGAAGCUAUCCAAGUUUGAUAUCAGUGAGAACCCAAUGGAUGAAAAAGGAUUCAAUGCUCUCGGUUCUUUAUUGACAGCAAAUAAUAAGGUUAUUGACCUUGUUAUGCAAAAUUGCCAACUCACAAAAGAAAAACUGGACGCUCUUGGGAGUCACUCAGGAUUAAAGUUGGAUAAACUAGAUGUCAGUUGGAAUGAUAGUCUUGGAACUGCUGGCUUUGGUGAAGUUGGAUUAGUUGUUUCAAAAUGUCAGGUAAAGGAAUUCGAGGCUUUGGAUUGCAAUCUGACAGCAGAAGAAAUGAAAGCAUUGAAGGAAAACACUAGUGAUGCAAAGUUGGAUAAACUAGAUGUCAGUUGGAAUGAUAGUCUUGGAACUGCUGGCUUUGGUGAAGUUGGAUUAGUUGUUUCAGAAUGUCAGGUGAAGGAAUUCAAAGCUUGGGAUUGCAAUCUGACAGCAGAAGAAAUGAAAGUAUUCAAGGAAAACACUAGUAAUGCAAAGAUCGACAGCUUGAAUCUGAGUUGGAACAAAGUCAGCAAACUCGGAGAUGCAGGAUUAUCUACAAUCAGUGAAAUUGUUCAUCAAUGCCAGGUUGCAACAUUGAACAUGUGGGAAUGCGACUUCGACGAUGAUCAGUUGGAAAGAUUCAAAGCAUUGAUUGCGGAUACUGGGGUUGAGUUCAAUGGCUUCUAGUGAGUCACAGACGCCGUAUCCGAGGAUGAUUUUAUUGGAAUAUUUGAUUUAAAAUUAUAUUAGUUCCACAUUUCUUCAGUUUGUCUGUCUGAGAUAAUCACUUUUCGUUUUGUUUCAAAAUUUUCGAGCAAUUUUUUUUUAUUUUUUUUUUUUCAAUUCUGUCUAUAAUAUUUAGCAAGUAUGGUCUGUUUAUCGCAUUAUGUCUUAUGGAAAUUUCUUUUGAUUUUCAUAUAUUUCAUCAAAUAUUUCAGUCAGGGAUUCCGAAUAAUUAACCAGUUGCAUACAAUAAACAAUGGAAUAACUGCAACUCUACAACCUGGCUAUUUGACCAGACAUUUUUUGCCCACGGAUUGCCGUGUUAGACUUUCAAUGCUUUUAUAUUUUCGUAAGUAUGAAAAUACGAAUCAAAAAUUAAUUAUUGGGCAGUUUACCACACUUUUUAUGUCAACAGAUGGCCGUGAAAUUCUAGAGUAGUAGGCUGGCUAAUGCUUUUAUUUUUAACCACGAGUUAUGUUGAAAAGAGCUAAAUUAAUACGGCAAGGCAUUUGAAAUGCUGGUAUCGGUCAUGGAUUUGAAUAUUUUGCUCAACAGAAAAUCAUCCUAAUAAAAAGUUUAUAUUUUCAAAUAUUUGCCAAAAAGCGAAAAAAGUAUGAAUUGUAUUUUCAAUAAAUCAACUUGUUUUUUCCGACUUGCGACAAUUUAUUGGGUAUCGUAACAAUUGCAGCUUUACAUAGUUUUCAAUUUUUCGACGUAAUGCAAAUGAAUGCGUAACUAAAACACUGUUGCUGAAGAGGCAACUAGCAAAAAUAAUAAAAUACCAUUGGGCGCUAAACAUGGAGUAGCAACCGAAUGCUGGGUGUACGCUUGACAUAAAUGAUAUUCUCCAAUAUAUUUACCAAUGCCAAUAAAAAUAAUUUAUUGGAUGGAACCAUUUUUAAACAAAGAAGUAACAUCUCUUCCACAAGGCUUUUUUCAAGCCGAUUUGGCCACUUUUAUCCAAUUGGUCCCCGCACCCUGCGCUAGUCUUUUUCUGUAUUAUUUAUCUGUAUUAUGAGGUACAAAACGUGAAAAAUAAAGUGAAAUAAUAUUAAAUUGUUAUGCAUAGUAAAUUUCGUAAAUUAUUGUUAUGUCGCCAUUAGCAAUUAAAAAACUCAACAGUUUGUCAAUGCUUUCUAUACAAGGCGAGAUUGCUAAAGCUAUUGACUUUGAAAAUAUUUGGAAUAAAUUUGCUGAUAAAAAGGCUAGAAAUGUACUCUCCUGGAUAAUUAUUGAAAUUUCCUAUUUUGCCUUUCUCGAUGUUGAAAUUAAAACAAUGAAACCAUCCAAAUUACCUUAAAAAUUGUUGUAUAGCAAGUAAUAAGUGUUUAUUAUUUUCAUUUGUAUAUAUUUUUUUUAUGAAAUAUAAAGACCCAUAAAUUGUACUAUGAAGAGUAGGGGGUAUGCCAUCAUAUUUCUAAUUAGGCCCCGCAGUUCCUAGCACAGGCCCUGCUCUUUCAUUUUCUACAAGAAUUCUUUGUCUUUAUUUGUUCCGUUAUGACUUCAACCCGAUAUAAUUUUGGGAAUUAUCCAGCACUCAACUCUGUGCUCAAAUCACACAGCUUUUUCUUAGAUGUUUAUACAAAAUUUAUUUUAAUAGGUUUACUUUUCUUCCCAAUUCGCAACUGAACUUAAUUAUACGAAAAUCUGCAAUUUCCAAACUAACUACGGCUUUGCCCUGUCAAGUUACUAUAUUAGUACAAUAUACAUGCAUAGCCUUCUAUUGUUCAUACGCGCUUGCAUUUUUUCAACUACAAUUCUGCUCCCCAAAUAUAAAAUUAUGCGUGAGAGGAUUGCUGGGCUCUUCGCCAUCGUAGGGUGGUUCACGUAACCGCUGGUCGGUUACGGCUUCCUCCGCCAUAGAGUCCAUGCAGCUCAAACAAAUAACUGGCUAACUAAUUUCAACAUGGACUGGUAAAUAGACUAAAGGCCGUAUGAUUAAGCCGUCUCGUCGGCUUCCACCACAGUUCCCCCCUCCCCAUCAGAAUAAAUAUCUUAUCCAUAGGGUGAAAGCGCACGCCGCACCCAUGCAGGAAAACUUUUUUUUAUCAUUUAACUUAUGGCUAUAUUAGUAGUUUUAGUCCUUACAUAAGAGAUGAUUUAAAACGCAUAAAUUUCUGAAGAAAAUUGCUAUUCACACUUAAUGUCACACCACCCCGACUU